CCCUAGUGUCGAUUUCCUUCACUAGCCCAUCAAAUUCAUACCUAUUUAUUUACGCCACCCCAAUUAGUACUCGACCUUUUCAUCCUUGUUUUUCUUUAUUAUGGGAAUUAGAUUCGACUCACAUAGGAAUUAUUAAUAAAGCAUCCAUAAAGUUAACCAAUAAAGACAGCCAAAAGUAAAAUAUAUACUCAUCAUAUUUACUUGCACGUGAAAUCCAAUAUCCCCAAAAAUUCCAAAUGUUAUAGGACGGCUGGUAAAUGCCAUAGGAGAAACCAAUGAAGUUUUGUGAUAUUACUAGACUUUUGCUUGUUGACAAUUCUUGAAUUUUAAAGUCUUCCCAUAAAUGUAAGAGUGAUCAACUUAGUUGAUCAUAGUUCUAAGAGAAACCAUAGUUGGGUUUCAAAAUGGGAACUUUUGUUGCUCCAGCUUCAGUUCUGCUGUUCAUUUUCUAUAUUAUUUGUGCUUUUGGAAGCAUUGGUGUAAAUGGGUACGUAAAGUACAAUACUGGGGAUGGAAUUGUAGAAGGUAAAUUGAAUGUUCAUUUGGUUCCUCAUUCACACGAUGAUGUUGGCUGGUUAAAGACUAUUGAUCAGUACUAUGUUGGCUCAAAUAAUACCAUUCAGGGUGCCUGUGUUGAAAAUGUGCUGGACUCUGUUGUUAUGUCAUUACGACGUGACCUGAAUAGGAAGUUUGUCUUUGCUGAAAUGGCAUUUUUCCAUCAGUGGUGGAUACGGCAAAGCCCAGAAGUUCAAGAAGAAGUGAGAAACCUUGUAGCUUCUGGUCAGCUGGAAUUCAUAAAUGGUGGUUGGUGUAUGCACGAUGAAGCAACUUGCCAUUACAUAGAUAUGAUUGACCAGACAACACUUGGUCAUCAACUGAUAAAGAAUGAAUUCAAUAUCACUCCUCGUGCAGGAUGGCAGAUCGAUCCAUUUGGCCACUCUGCUGUUCAAGCUUACCUUCUUGGGGCUGAGGUAGGAUUUGAUUCUGUUCAUUUUGCGCGUAUUGAUUAUCAAGACAGAGCAAAACGUAAGGAGGAUAAAUCUCUUGAGGUUAUAUGGCGUGCUUCUAAAACAUUUGGUUCUUCCUCCCAGAUAUUUACCAAUGCAUUUCCUGUACAUUAUAGUCCACCGAAUGGUUUCCAUUUUGAAGUGGAUGAUGAUUUUGUUCCAGUCCAGGAUGAUCCUUUCAUCUUUGAUUUCAAUGUUGACGUACGCGUUAAUGACUUUAUCAAUGCCGCAAUCACUCAAGCAAAUGUGACACGUACUAAUCACAUCAUGUGGACCAUGGGAGAUGAUUUCCAGUACCAAUAUGCUGAGUCUUGGUUCAAGGAAAUGGAUAAAUUAAUUCACUACGUAAACAAGGAUGGUCGAGUUAAUGCAUUGUACUCUACUCCAUCAAUUUAUGUAGAUGCAAAACAUGCCACCAAUCAAUCCUUGCCUCUAAAAACUGAUGAUUAUUUUCCAUAUGCAGAUGGUGCAAAUUCUUAUUGGACUGGUUUUUUUGCCAGUCGACCAGCUUUUAAGCGAUAUGUUCGUAUGCUAAGUGGAUAUUAUCUGGCUGCUCGUCAACUUGAAUUCUUAACUGGGAGGAAAUCAAAGGGCUUCAACACUUUUAGCUUAGGAGAUGCUCUGGGAGUUACACAGCACCAUGAUGCUGUGACUGGUACUGCAAAACAGCAUACAACUAAUGAUUAUGCAAAACGCUUGGCUAUUGGAGCUUCUGAGUCAGAAGCAGUGGUGAAUUCUGCUCUGUCAUGCCUGGUUAAUGCCACAUCAAGUCCAUGUUCUACCACUUCAUCAUCAUUCAACCAGUGUCAACUGCUCAAUAUAAGUUAUUGUCCACCAACUGAAAAAGAUAUCACUGAGGGGAAGAAUUUGGUUAUUGUGGCAUACAAUCCUCUUGGAUGGAAUCGAACUGAUAUCGUCAAGAUCCCGGUCAAUGAUGCUAAUCUUAUUGUACAAGAUUCCGCUGGAAAUCUGGUUGAGGCACAAUUUGUAGAGUUGGAUAAUAUUACCAGCAACUUGAGAAAGUUCUAUGUUGAGGCGUAUCUAGGAAUAUCACCCAAACAAGCUGCCAAAUAUUGGCUCAUCUUUCGAGUGUCUGUGCCGUCUCUUGGCUGGAACACUUACUUUGUUUCUAAAGCAUCGCAGGAGGGGAGCUCCACUGGCUAUGUCUCAAAGAUGGAGAUUCCACUGAAAGAAACUGUUGAAAUUGGACCAGGGAACUUAAAGGCGUCCUUUUCCUCAAAUUCUGGACAACUUAAACGUCUAUAUAAUUCUAAAACAGGGGUUGAUAUACCUGUACAACAAAGCUAUCUUUGGUACGGCUCAAGUCAGAAAUCAGAUCAGAAUUCUGGUGCCUACAUUUUCAGACCUGAUGGGUCACCCCCAGUUAUAGUUGCAAGAUCUGUUCCAAUAAAGGUUAUUCGUGGA